CGAUAUUAUCCGCGCCCCGCGGAUAUGUAUUAUUGAUGCGCUAACCUAUGCGAGACGGUGCAAGGAAUCUUCGCGAAUUCCGCAACGUGAUACUGAUCUACCGCGCGUCUCGCAUCCGCGAACGUGGUGCUAUCGUUCCUCCGCUCGUGACCGAGCACGUUGCAAAACCGCCGGAUCCGACGACGCUCGGCAAACGCGAGCGUCUCCUCGCGCUCAACUGUCAUCGUGCGUCACCCGCCGCCGUGGGAGGCUGUCUCGCGCUCUGUUGACGAAGUCGCCGAUGUCUCACGAUCACCCGCGUACAUGUUUCCCGCGAACAUCGUGAACUCGUUUUCCCUCCUUCUGUCGCGUGCACGCUUCUGCUGGAAUAUUUGCUUACAGGAAAGCGGACUGUGAUGCAUGGAUGAAAUACUAUCACUAGAUGAUAGAGUGUGAAAGAUUGGACUGUGUCAAGUCCAAAGGAAAGGCUAUUGAUUUGUGGGAAGAACGGCAGUAUCCACCACGGCUUUUACAGAGAUGGUUGGAUUGGCGGGCGGGGGAGGUCAUUUGUAUCCCUCGCCCCCCAUGCAAUCCAAUCCAGAGCUAAGAGAAAUGACUGGGAUUGCACCCAGUGCACCAACCAGUGCUGACGCUUGCUUGAGCAUUGUGCAUUCGUUGAUGUGUCAUCGUCAAGGUGGUGAAAGUGAAGGCUUCAGCAAACGUGCGAUUGAAUCGCUAGUGAAGAAACUCAAAGAGAAGCGCGACGAGUUGGACAGUUUAAUCACUGCAAUAACUACUAAUGGAGCACAUCCCAGCAAAUGCGUCACCAUCCAGAGAACUCUCGAUGGCAGAUUGCAAGUGGCAGGACGCAAGGGUUUCCCGCACGUAAUCUAUGCUCGCAUUUGGAGAUGGCCGGAUUUGCACAAGAACGAACUGAAACACGUAAAAUACUGCCAGUUCGCUUUCGAUUUGAAGUGCGAUUCCGUAUGUGUGAAUCCCUAUCAUUAUGAACGAGUGGUGUCGCCCGGCAUAGACCCGUUCUUUACAGACCUGUCCGGAUUGACUCUGCAAUCCGGUGUGGGUGUGGGACCUGGUGGCAGAUUGGUCAAGGAUGAGUACACGGUCGGCGGUGGAGGUACCGCCGCCGCAGCGGCCGCGGCCGCCGUUGGAUCCGCGAUGGACGUGGACAGCGAAAUGAAUCAGACUAUUCAGCACCAUCCACCGGCUCCUCAGCCGACCGCUUCGAACAACGCUCAACAGGCCCAGCAAGGGUUUAUACCAGGCUUACCAACUCCCAAUCCAACGAGUACUGAGGGUAUGUUUAGUGCCGGUGGGAGUGGCAAUAAUGGUAAUCCCCAUGCUAAACUGGACGACAAUAAUUGCCCCAGGCAAACCUGGAUUCCCACAUCUCAUCACUCGGCAGGCCGUAACAUGCAUCAUCCAGUAAUACAUCCAAUGAGUCACACCGUAGGUAGCCAACAACAAUCGCUGAACGCCGCGUCCAGCGGAACGUCCGGCGCGCAGAUCCUGAGUCCCGCGCAGGGACAGUCGACUGCCGAUACGUUCUACGGCACCAACACACCCCCGCAAGACAUCAAUCAACCUCCUACCGUUGAUGCGUUAGCAGCCUCUUUAGGUGAAGGACAAAGCUCACCCGUGUCGCCUGUACAUCUUCAUCAUCCGAAUGGAUUUCCCGUAGGCACAGCACCAUACAAUUCCGGGGCGCCGCAGUGGACCGGCGCCAAUACUCUCACGUAUACUCAAAGUAUGCAGCCGCCGGACCCUCGACAUCUUCAUACGGCGUCGUACUGGGGAGGCCAUGGAAAUGACGUUAGUGGAAAUAUCGGAGGAUUGCUUUCCACGCAACCAGCGCCGGAAUAUUGGUGCUCCGUGGGUUACUUUGAGUUGGACAUCCAAGUCGGAGAGACGUUUAAAGUUAGCAGCGGUUGUCCCACAGUCACCGUGGACGGCUACGUGGAUCCGAGCGGUGGAAACAGAUUUUGCUUAGGUGCCUUGAGCAACGUGCAUAGGACGGAACAAAGCGAGAGAGCGCGUCUUCACAUAGGAAAAGGCGUUGUGCUGGAUUUAAGAGGUGAAGGCGACGUUUGGUUGAGAUGUCAAAGCGAGCACAGCGUCUUUGUACAAUCUUAUUAUCUGGACAGAGAGGCGGGUCGGGCACCUGGUGACGCAGUACAUAAAAUUUAUCCGUCGGCAUAUAUUAAAGUUUUCGAUCUAAGACAGUGUCACAAACAAAUGCGAGGCCAAGCCGCCACUGCUCAGGCUGCCGCAGCGGCGCAAGCCGCAGCCGUCGCGGGUCAUCUCACUCAUGGAGGGCCUAUCGCCAAAAGUAUCAGCGCGGCUGCGGGAAUUGGAGUCGACGAUUUACGAAGGCUCUGUAUUCUACGUUUGAGUUUUGUUAAGGGAUGGGGUCCAGACUACCCGCGACAAAGUAUAAAAGAAACACCGUGCUGGAUCGAGGUGCAUUUACAUCGAGCGCUUCAAUUGCUGGACGAGGUGUUGCACACGAUGCCAAUUGAUGGACCACGAGCGAUCGAAUAAUUCCAUCAGUUCGAAUUAUGAAAAAUGAAAAAAGCAUCAUAAUGUUUGAAUGAAGUGUGCAAGUGUAACAAACAUUUUCUGAAUGAUCAUUCGAGUAAUUUCAGCUUAAGAACGCGAGUGAACAAACCGGACGAACCAAAUUCAUCAGAUGGGAAUGAUCAAAUAAUUGAGACGUGAAAUUCGGCCAUAGAAAGCUCGGAGAGAGCUUGCGGAAGUUAUUUAUAUAUUUAACAACUCGUGAUAUAUAAUAAUCUGUGUAGGACAGGGGUUCCCAAACUUUCUAGCGUUUAUGUUGCAGAUGGUCCAUAGAUGGAACCUGUGUGUUUUCUGAAAACUAUGUAUAUAUUUUAUAUAUUUGUAUAUUUUAUCGUAGAAUGUACAAAGUAAGGCUUACAACUGUUCUCGUCUUUAUUAAUUAGUUUCUUAUUUGCUAGUAACUUUUGUUAAACAAUUAAACAGGGAGGGAAAAAGAUCAAUAUAAAUCAUAUUGCAGAUGUUGGUGCAUAUAAAUGAUUUAUUAUUUUAUACAUUUAAUUUUUUAUGUAUGCAAAAAUUUAAUUUUAUAUAUGUCAAAUUAGGGAUUUUUCUAAUUACAAUAAAAGAUUAACAUUUUAUUUUAAGUUUUAUCUAGGUUUAUAUAAUAAUACAUUUGCAUUAAUACUUGUGAUUUGAAUAUAUCAAAUUUUUAUUUCUGAAGUGAAAAGUUACAUCUUUCAUUGCAUAUAUGCAUUGCAUUUAAAAAUAUAAGUUUUUGAAUCUGUUUUAUCAAGGAUUAAUAUAUAUAAGUAUAUGAAUCCUGUAAUAAUACAAUUCAAUAAUUUAUCACAUAUUCCACUCUGAUGGAAUUUCAAAAAUUGAUUUAGUUUGUGUAUGGUGGAAAAAAUUUCAAUUAUGCUAGAUUUUUUGAAAGUUUGAUAAUAUCUUUGAAUCAUUCUAUGGUGCCAUUUAACAAAGUAUACUAAAAACCUUGUUCCUCUGAAAACAUCCUUAUUCUCUAUUUUUUUUCCUUCUAGCUUUGAAAGUUCUUCAGGUUUGAGAACCCCUGCUGUAGAAUAAAACAUGUGCCACGGCCUUGCACUAUCAUCAACGUACAAAAGCGAAAGAAACGUUAUUUUUAUUUACGAGAUGUAAUUUUUUACGGAAAGAGGCGACACGACACGUUUCACCGACAAAGGAACAGAAUAAAAUAGAUUGACGGUCUUCUAUUUUGCUAGGCACGCGAAAUGAGGAAAUUCCUCCGGCGACACGCAGUCCGCUAGACUCAGUGAUACAAGUUUCGGAACCGUUAUAUAGUCACGAUCCUGUUCUUUGAGAUUAGCUUUAUAAGAUAAGUGAAAACCAUUGUCUACACACUUAUUAUUACUUAUCGCAAAUGUUAAGCUCAAUAUUUAUAUCAGAUAAAAAGUCUUACAUUUCUGGAUUCCUGGAUUAAGAUAAAAAAGUGUUUUAACAUUUUUACAUUUAAAGAGAAAAGAAUGAAUAUUUUUUUCUUUGAUGAUUUCGAAUUUUGAUGAAACUUAAUGAAUUAGAAUCUGAGAAUCCCGAUAUAGAAGUCCAAGGAUCUAGGAAUCCAGAAAUCUUGGACCCCAGGGAUCUCAGAAUCCAGGAAUCUUGAAAUCUGAGGAUCUAAAGAUCCAAAGAUGUAAGAAUCCUAGAUAUAAGAAUUAUCUUUAUGCACAUGUAUACAGUAGGGAGAUUUUCUCUAAAUACACAGUAAUACAUUUCUGCCAAGUAGCAAAUAUAGAUAAUUUAUAAGAAUUAUUCACACACAGUCAUAAUACUUCAUAAUGAUAAACUUUUUGUAUUUAAAUUUAAAUAGAGGAGAUAUUGUGACAUCAUUUUUUUGAUUUGUGAGAAUAUUAUAGAUUUAGAACAUAUAUUUAUCACAAUUUAUAGAUAUAAUUAUAUAGCGUUGGCAGAAAUUUGGUACAGUGACGUUAAAAUUAUUUGUUUAUUAUGAAUGAAUAUAAUUUGUUUAUUAUCUGUUUUACAAUUUAUAACCAAAAACUAUUUUACAUAGAGAUUUUGAAGUUUUAAUAAGCAUUCUUGUUCUUCUUUCUUAUUUCUUUGUUUCGUCAAAUAAAAUCUUUUAAUUUCUUGGUUAUUAUUAAUUACAAUAUCAUUAUAUUAUUAAUAUUAUUAUUAUUAUUACUGCGGUUGUUGGAGAGAAAAGAUUGAGAGCUAUUCGGGAAAAUAACAUAUACAUUGUGGAAUAUUAAAAUGGAUACUUAUAUAUAUAUAUCCAGAAACUAAAAUUUAAAAGAAUCUGUAAAUGAGAAAAAAAUCGAAAGUUUUAUGAUGGAAGGAUGAAAUUAUAAUAGAGAAUCUGUAUUUCUUAUAUAUAUAUUACAUUGAUAAAAAAUCAGAAGUAAAUUGAAUUUAAUUCAAACGAAUAGAUUCAGUUGUGUAUCUUUUCUAAUCAACCGCAGGAUGUUAUUACUAUUACAACGUAGUACUUGUUGAAUAAUUAUACCUACUGUUUACCAACUAUUUUACUAAAAAAAGAAAUAUGUAGUCGUACAAAAUAUUCUUACAAUAUACAUUUAAUAAUAGGAUACAGAGAAAUUGAUUUAAGAAAAUAGAGAAAGAAAGGAAGAGAAUUGACCAAAUUGGAUGAUAUGCAUGUACAAGGUAUCUUAAAACUAUCAGAGAUGAUAUCCUUGUUUUACCUUGUACAUAUAUAUUCAGUAUAUGUGUAUUUUAUUUUAAUUGAUUAUGUAUGCGAAAAAAGGAAGGAUAGAGAAAGAUGUUUAAUGAAACUUGUUUAUAAUACAAUAGUAUUUGCUGCUUCUUUGUUGUAAUUCAGUCUUCGUGUUGCGAAUGAAUGAAUUUUUCAUAACUUGGGGAGAAUUAUUUGAGAUGAGGAGACGAAGAUUAAACGUUACCGUUUAAGCUAAGUUCGAGGGAAUCUGCACUCUUAUGAAAAUUGUCCAACGACUACCGUAUUAUUUUUCAAUAAUUAAUUUUUUAAUGAUUUUGAAGAUUCGUUGAGAAAUCUAUGAUUAAAAGGAAAUAAUUCGCUAAUCGCGGGACACAUUCUGUGCACUAAUAUGUAUAAUGCCUUCCUUUGAUCGACCAAUGAAAUGUACACACAGCUCAAGUAUAUUGUCGACAAGAGAUUCUUGCUUACAGCCAAGCUAGAAACACAUGUGCCAUCAUUUUCAUGCAUAUAAGAACAGAUAUAAAACUUAGGACUUUUUACAAGACUGUAUUUUUAAUUCCAGAGCGAUUAAACGCGUGGAUUCAAGAACCUAAACUACCGCUGAUCUAAGAAUCUAGAUUUCACAACCACAAUAUAAUAUUUCGAGGUAUCCAUAGGUCUAAGAAGCUAAAAAGUUCAGAGUUCGACGAUUAUAAGAAUAUAAAAAUCUAUGAACGAGGCACUGAGGUUUUAGAAUAUAUGUUUUCGAGAGAGAAUCUAGGAAUCUAAGAUUGCGAAGGUUCUAUGAUCUUUUAAAUUCCGUGGUUCUAACAUAAAUAGUAAUCCAAUUUCUAAUGAUAAUCCGAUCACCUUGUAAUGCUUAGAUACGACCUGAUAGAGCAUAGAACGAAAUUAAAGUUCUCAAACAAGCGAUUUGAAACAAGCCACACAUUUUUUUAAUAUACACAUUAAAUCAUGUAAGCCUAUGUGAUGCAAAUGAUAGGAAUCUCCUAAAUUAAUGAUUGAAGGGCUCAUUGACAUACUAAAUACUUUAACUUAGAUUAAUAAUUUACUUAUUAUUUAGUAAUUGAAAUAUUCACAUUGAUAAUGACAUUUAAAUAUAAAUAAUAAGUCGAUCCAUAUAGUAAUAUUUUUAGAUCUUUAAUAGUCGCCCUCUUAUAUAUGAAAGACUGCCAACUUGUAAUGCAAAUUUUGUGAAUUUUGCUAUUGGAUGAAUGUAGUCUCUUUUUAAAUAUAAGAUUUUACAUCAGAAGAUCACGAGAUGUUAAAGUAUCAUAAAUAUUAUCAUAAAGAUUAUCUUUGUGCUCUCUCUAAAUAUAAUUUUUCCAUGUUUUCCAUACACUUUUUUAUCAUCUGAACAAAGUUUGACAUGGUACUGUCUAGAGCCCUUCAAUAUCAAAGUCAUGGAGACGAAAAUUACAAAACAUAUUUAUUACUUUCAAUGAUAUCUUCAUUAAACAUUAUUACAAAAUAGAUCUUUUCUCCCCUUACGUUUCUGCGAGAGACAAACAACAUAAACUGUCUGCGUCUAAGCCAAAGAUACCCCGACGAUAUAAUGUUAUAAAACGUUAAAAAUAUAUAUAACACAUAUGAGUAUAGAGAACACAUGAGAUUUCAAUAUGGGUGUUCCGAAAGAAACGUACAGAGAAUGUGGUACAUCAACAAAAAUUCUUAUGCAAAUAAUUAACGAAAUAAUUAAAAACAUUAAAAAGUGCUUUUUUGGCCAAUUAAAGUCUCUGUGAAUUUUUCGGAAUACUCGGAUGUGAGAUAUGAUCAUCCUUACGUAACUAUUUCCGUUAAUUACGAUAUGCAGGUAAAAUUAUAUUACAUCGCAAUCCCAUUCGAUUUGUAAUGGAUCUUAAUUAACAGUACAAUUAAGUUUGAUCCACGAAUGGCGUAAUAAAGAGAGAAAAUAAAGAAAAAGAACAAGAUUGUAUAGAUACAAAUUAAUAUCUGUGAUUAUCGUCGAUGCAGAUAUAUUUUAAGUGAUUUCUACGGCGUUUAGGCAUAUUUGUAAAAAAUCAUAACAAAAAAAAAGAAAAAAAAACAAUAACGAUAUAAUAACCAUGUACGGCGAUAAUACUUUUAGAACGAUUGUUGAGAUAAGAUUUAUCCGUGUUUAUGUUUUGAAUGCAUAUUGUCGUAUUGCGUGGUGAUGAGGAUAAUUAAAUAUGCAUUAUUAAUAUUAUAAUUAGGAUAAUUAAUAUAUAGUGCGAGCACUAUUUUAUUGUUUCGAAGGAAAAAGAAAAAGAGAGAGAAAAACGCAGAGAGAGAGAGAGAGAGAGAGAAAGAGCUUGAGCGAAUGUGUUUCGCAGAAAUUUUUUUUUGUUGUUGUAUAUUAUAGAUACGUCGCAUUAUACACGAUCAUUUUCAAUAAACAUAUUCUAUAAAUUAUAA